AUGAAGCUACAUAUCCAUAAUAUAAAUGAAGAUUAGAGUAGAGCAAAGUCAGAAAACCAAAUGAGGGUGGAAAAUGAUUUGAGUGAACUAUCUAUAAAUGAGAACGAAAAAGAAUUCAAUAAAUUCAUAAGCAAUUACUAAUCAUUAAUUUCAUAUUGCACAACUCUACAGAAAUACAUCUGCCACCUUGGCAAGAAAAAAGGUUUUGUUAUACUUUAAAAUAUGUCUUAGAGCUUUCUAAAGAUAAUUAAUUAUUGGGAUUUUGUAAAGAAGUUUUUGCAAAAAUUAAGGAAAUUAAUGAAAGAUUUGAUCAAUUGAAUAUGAACCUAAAUCUAUCGUAAGAUAUUAAUGAAGUAAACUUGGAAUAUUAAUGACUAGAUGGAUAAAAUAAAGAAUAAAAAUGAUAGUCUUCUUACAUUAUUUAGUUAAGCAAAAGAAUUAUACUCAAAAGAGAAAAAAACAGAGGCUUUCUAAAAAUUUACAGAAGUUUUGAGAAUAAAUCCAAAUUUUAUAGAUGCUAGAAUUUACCGAGGUAUCAUAUUAUGACUAAAAAAAGGAAAUUUGAGUUUGGAUGUUAACAACACAUUUUAUGCCUAAUUUGACUUUGAAGAAGCUUUAAAAUAAGACAAAUAUAAUUUAAAAGCUUUAAAAGGAAUAAGUAAUUGCUAAUGCUAAGCUUAGCUAUCGCUUUUAAAAUGUAAUGUAACUAUGAACUAGGGUUGAAGUAUGCAUUGAAGGUCAUAAAACACGAGCCCAAAUCGCCAAUAGGUAACUUUAAUGCAGGUAUUUGAAUUGAAAUAAAAGCCGACUGUUUGAAAUUUUUGGGAUAAUAUAAUGAGAAUACUCUACGAUACAUAAAUUAAGCCAUAGACUAAGAAAAAAGAAGGUUCGAAUAAAAACUGCAAGUUUAUUUUAGAAAUAAGGGUAAUCUGGUGUUCUAUUUAGGGGAAAUACUAUUUGGAUUAAACAGAGAAAGUGAGGCCAGAGAAUUUGUAUUGAAAGCACUUGAAUUAAAUCAAAACUAUGAAUUAGCUAUAAAAACAUUAAGUAAAGCACUUAUCAAUUUAAAUUAGAGAGAUUUGAUGAUAUUUCAUAAAGGAGAAUAAAUACUUGA